UGACAACCAAACACGCCCAGAUUGAAAGAAAACAGCCUUCGAGUUAACCGGUCUUUUUGCUAUUUGCGACUGAGAAAAUGGAAGAGCCGAAAGCAGCCGCGAACCCACCAACAGCAACCGCUGCCCAAACUACAUCUCCUCCACAGCAGCCACCUCCUACUGCACCAGAACAGCCAGCUAGCAAGAAAAGACCUCUAGAAGACAGCAAUGACCAAUCCCAAAAUUCGCCAUAUUUCAAGAUGCGCCUUGUUCUCAAAGAUCUUCGCCCUCAUUUCGUCGAGGUUCUUCGGGCGCCUGAUUUUCGAAAUUGCAAGGCCGCCGAUGAAAUCAAAGAAAAGACGAAGCAUUUGGUAGAAUUGUACAAGCAGAUGAUAGCCUCCAUGGAGAAAAGUAGCAAUGAAUCCGGAGGCCAGACACUGCAAGGUGAAACUGGAAUGAAGCAGAAGCCCCAGGAGCAGCAGCAGGUCAUUAAGUCAGCCAGCUGUAUCAUCCAAAAACAAGACUUUCCAGUCAAGUAGUGUCACUGGGAAACUACAAUCUGAAGAUGGUGAAGCUUCAGGGACAUAUAUGUUGGGGGGUCGGCUUUUGGUGGAACUUUAUCACCUUUACAGGAAACAACCGGUCUAUUAUGGAGUAACAGGAAUCAUUUCGAAGUGCUCAGCAAGUUCAGGUUUAGGAGGAGUAUGAAGUCGUUAUGGCAUGUAUUGUGGGCUAAAUAUUGCAACGGUAAAUCCUUUUGGAGGUCAACCUUUAUAUUAACAUUGGGGCAUUGUCAUCUGUAUAACUAUUGCUUUUUAACAUACUU